UUCCUUUUAAAACAAAAAACAAAUUUGUACUUUAAUUUCAGUUGAAAAGCUGAAAAGAAAUUAUACCCAAAAACUCGAAUUAGGGAAUCAGCGAGUGGCCUGGCCUCCAUCUCUCCCUGUGACAGUAACUCCAAGUGAAGAAAUCCUCUUUCCUUUUGCGCUUCAUCCCAUUUCUUCCCAAUAAUUCAUCUCUGUUUUGAGUUUUGCCCUGAAUCAUGGCGCCGGUUUUAUCUCGGUUACUCCUCCGACGGAAUGUUCACUCACCAUUCCUUCGCACCUCCACCGCCGGCUUUAACUUUUUCAGAACAAUUCAUUCUUUUGUUUUCUCUACGGUAGAAGUGGAUCAACUAUCAGGUUCUAAGCCAGGAGAUGUUCACAACUUGGUGCAGGGUAAAUGGAUUGGAUCUUCCGGUUGGAAUACUAUUGUAGAUCCUUUAAAUGGAGAACCAUUUAUUAGAGUUGCCGAAGUCAAUGAAACCGAGAUUCAGCCAUUUGUGAAGAGUCUGACCAAGUGCCCCAAACAUGGCUUACACAAUCCUUUUAAAUCACCUGAGAGAUAUCUGUUGUAUGGAGACAUAUCUUCCAAGGCUGCCGACAUGCUUUCCAAGCCAGAGGUAACUGACUUCUUCACGAGGUUAAUUCAAAGAGUUUCUCCCAAAAGUUAUCAGCAAGCUUGUGCUGAAGUAAAUGUUUCUGUUAAAUUUCUACGGAACUUCUCUGGCGAUCAGGUUCGCUUCCUAGCAAGGUCCUUUGCAGUACCAGGAGAUCAUCUUGGACAACAAAGUCAUGGUUUCCGUUGGCCUUAUGGUCCCGUUGCAAUUGUCACUCCUUUCAACUUUCCAUUGGAAAUUCCUGUACUUCAGUUGAUGGGUGCACUUUACAUGGGCAACAAACCUGUUUUAAAAGUCGAUAGCAAGGUUAGCAUAGUCAUGGAGCAAAUGAUUCGAUUGCUUCACCAUUGUGGGCUGCCUCCGGAAGAUCUAGAUUUUAUAAAUUGUGAUGGGAAGACAAUGAACAAGUUAUUGAUUGAGUCAAAUCCAUCCAUGACUCUUUUUACCGGUAGCUCAAGGGUGGCAGAUAAGUUGGCCGUUGAUUUGAAGGGCCGGAUUAAAUUGGAAGAUGCAGGUUUUGAUUGGAAAAUCUUAGGACCAGAUGUUCGAGAGGAAGACUAUGUUGCAUGGGUUUGUGAUCAAGAUGCAUAUGCUUGUAGUGGCCAGAAGUGCUCGGCACAGUCGAUAUUGUUCAUGCAUGAGAAUUGGUCAACAACUUCACUUAUUUCGAAGAUAAAGAAUCUUGCGGAGAGAAGAAAUUUGACCGACUUAACAAUUGGCCCAGUUCUUACCUUCACAAAUGAAAUGAUUUUAGAUCACGUGAAUAAAUUGCUCAAGAUACCAGGGGCAAAGUUACUCUUUGGAGGUGAACCUCUAAAAAACCAUUCCAUUCCACCCAUAUAUGGUGCUAUAAAGCCAACUGCAUUAUAUAUUCCACUUGAAGAAAUGAUGAAAGAUGAGAAUUAUGAGCUUGUGACUAAGGAAAUUUUUGGACCAUUCCAGAUUAUUACGGAAUAUAAGAGAGAUCAACUUUCAGGUGUAUUGGAUGCUCUUGAGCGAAUGCAUGCUCAUCUAACAGCCGCUAUUGUUUCAAAUGACCCUCUUUUUAUGCAAGAAGUUAUUGGCAACACUGUGAAUGGAACGACAUAUGCAGGUUUGCGAGCAAGAACAACGGGAGCUCCGCAGAACCAUUGGUUUGGACCUGCAGGAGAUCCGAGGGGUGCAGGUAUUGGAACCCCAGAAGCCAUCAAACUUGUAUGGUCUUGCCAUCGAGAGAUCAUAUAUGAUAUUGGCCCGUUGCCCUUGCAUUGGACAACUCCACCGUCAACUUGAAAUAUGAUCAGAGUGGUUUUUUACUUGCCCCGCUUAGGCCAGACUAACCUUGCCUAAAAUCUAUGACAAUUUUGUAGUUGCAGAAAAUAAAGUCUCAUUCAUCAGAAAUUGGUAUGUUUGAUUUGUUGCUGUAAAUUAGAGCCUUUGUUCAUUGGUUAUUUAGGUAUCUAGUUUUUUAUGUUCCAAAAUAAAUUUGAUGGGAGAAUUCAAAGUUUCCAAACUGUAAUGAAGGUAUUUGAAGGACAAAAAUAAUUUCAGUUACUUUUUCUUUUA